UUGAUACGCAGAAUCAUCUUAAAAUCUGAUAAAACCUCCUUAUCUACUUCUCUUCACCAAUCACUCACUUCUCUCAAACUUUUCGAACACAAACACAAAACUCUUAUUUGUCUUACAAAGAAGGUCUUGAUCUUGAACAAGGGAAGAAAACUCUUAUCUGUCUUCUAUUGUAGUUUCCUCUGAUAUUCAGAUUCUGCUUUUUUUUUUGAUAAAGAUGAAGAUACAGUGUGAUGUGUGUGAGAAAGCUCCGGCGACACUUAUAUGUUGUGCCGAUGAAGCUGCUCUGUGCGCUAAUUGUGACGUUGAGGUUCAUGCUGCUAAUAAGCUCGCUAGCAAACACCAACGCCUUUUUCUUGACUCUCUCUCAACUAAAUUCCCUCCUUGCGACAUCUGCCUUGAGAAGGCAGCUUUCAUAUUCUGUGUAGAGGAUAGAGCUCUUCUCUGCAGAGACUGCGACGGGGCUACCCAUGCGCCAAAUACUCGCUCUGCUAAUCACCAGAGGUUCUUAGCCACUGGAAUCCGAGUUGCUCUGAGUUCCACUAGUUGCAGUCAAGAAGUGGAGAAGAAUCACUUUGACCCAGCUAACCAGCAGAAUGCAAAGCAGGUUCUCUCUAAACCGCAACCUCCACAAUCCCCUGCUCCAUCUCCUUUGUGGGCUAGCGAUGAAUUCUUCCGCUACUCUGAUGAUCUUGACUGCAGUAACAAGCAGAAAGAGCAGCUUGAUCUCGGAGAGCUGGAUUGGCUUGCAGAGAUGGGUUUCUUGGGUGACCAGCCUGAUCAAGAGGCUCUACCGGCAGCUGAAGUUCCGGAGCUUUCGUUUUCACAUUUGGCUCAUGCUCAUUCCUACAACAGAUCCAUGAAGUCCAAUGUUUCAAAUAAGAAGCCGAGGCUUGAGAUCCGUUACGAUGAUGAUGAAGAGCACUUCCUUGUCCCCGACCUAGGCUAAACUAUGGAUGAAACUAGUAAAGCUAUAUAUAGAGAACUUGAGCUUUAUAUAGAGAACUUGAUUUGUAUAUGUAACUACACACUCAUCUAUUGUCUAUGCUUUGCUUUCUCUAUGAUCUAGUUCGAACCAGUUAUAGGUA